UUAUUAGAUUUAUGGUAUGUUGUGAUGGUGAUGAUUGCAAUACGUGGUUUCACGGAAAAUGCCUUUCCCUUACGGCUAAAAAAUUAGAAAAUGUUGAGAAAUGGUACUGUCCAACUUGCGCCAAGAUAGAACGAAUGAAGAAAUAUGUAGAUAGGAAGCAUACGGAUCUGUCAAACAGUCUUGACAAGAAGUUAUGUGACAUAAACAAUAACAUAGAAGAAUCGCAACGACAAACGGCGAAAAUUAGUAAGAGAAAUAAUAAUUUUGUACCAAAACAGCAGAUUGAGGAUCUGUCGCAGGAAAAGGAGAAUCUACUAAAAGAAGUAGAGAAAUUGAGAUCUAAUGUUACCGAGCUAAAUGCUUUGCUGGAGCUACAGAAACUUGAACAUGAGAAAGCUGUCACUGAUCUAUGCCAGCAAAAGAAAAAUCUAAUUCAAGAGGUACAAGCUCUAGGAUGCAAGGUUACUGAGAUUGAAAAUCUAAUGGAGCUGAAAAGAAUUGAGCAUGAUAAAGCUAUGUCUGAAAUGUCCCAGGUUUGUGCUAUUUUUUGUCUUCAAUCUUAAAUAACUAAUCGAUGCCUCCUAACAACAAGGUCCGAUGUUGCGCGCUCCCGUUAAACAAAGUCCGAAGUUGCGCGCUCCCGAUUAACAAAGUCUGAUGUGUCGCGCUCCCGUUACACAAAGUUCGAUCUGCUUUUGGCCGUUCUCGGGAGACGCAAGUUUGGAGCUCUAUCGCAGUUUUGUAAUGCUAGCAUUUCAGGUUUUCUUCAAAGUGUGUUGUUCUUUAAUCUUACAGAAACAUACUACAGCUUUUACAUUUUUUCCACUGGAAGUAUUGGCGAACAUAUUAAGAUAAUAAGACUGCACUGCAGAGCGUGACGAAAAGCAGAUCGAACUUUGUGUAACGGGAGCGCGGCACAUCGAACUUUGUUGAAC